AUGGAGCACUCUGCUGAAGAGGAGAGUCGCGAACACUCUAUUGCACUGGCAAAUCAAUCGCUACUGGCCGAGGCAAUGUUGGAGGAGUUUAUUCAAAGUAAACCGACAUUGCUCAUGGAAUCUGGCUUUUUCACCUUUGUCAAAAAGAGAAUCCAAGAUACCGCAAGGCUAGUUAGGACCUAUGCUCCGCUUGUUAUCAAGAAAGCCAUACCUGUUAUCAUCCACCAGCUGCAAACAUACUCGGAAAAGGCCACGAAGACACAGAGCGAAAGUGGCAUGGGGACGACGGAGUCUACACCCCCGCGCUCCAUUACGACUGGGCGUCGCUAUUUCUCUAAAGGGCCAAUGCACCCUGAUCAUCAUGACAAACAGCCAUAG